GAGAUGAAUAAUUGUAGUACUUUGAAAGAAUUUUUUAUUGCAGGAUUUGAAAUCUUUCCAAAUGGACAAAUAUUGUUAUUUAUUGUGCUGUUUUUAUUGUACUUGCUUACAGUCGUGGGAAAUCUGACUAUUGUCACCCUUGUCAGUGUGGUGUCACAGCUUCACACACCGAUGUACUUCUUUUUGUGCAAUCUCUCUUCUUCAGAUAUUGCCUAUGUCACAGUUACUUUCCCAAAGCUGAUGUCAAUUUAUUUGACCCAAGAACAUCGCAUCACGUUCCAUGAAUGUAUUACACAGCUAUAUUUUUUUUUAUUAUUUGGACAGGCUGAUAUAUUCAUACUGACUUGUAUGGCCUAUGACCGCUAUGUGGCAAUAUGUAAGCCUUUGCAGUAUUCCUUAAUAAUGAACAAAGCAGUGUGUAAUGUAAUGGCUGCCUUUUCCUGGCUUAUAGGUAUCUUAAAUUCAUUGUUGCAUGCCUUAAUUGCAUCAUCAUUACCAUUCUGUCACUCCAAUGAAAUUGACCACUUCUUCUGUGACCUUAAAACCCUGAGUAUAUUGUCUGGCAGUAACUCUAAAAACCGGGACAUUCUGACAACUGUGCAGAGUAUAUUUAUUGGAUGUUUGCCUUUCCUCCUUAUUGUAGUCUCCUAUGUGUUCAUCAUUUCUACAGUACUAAAAAUAAAAUCUUCAAACGGACGUCUGAAAGCUUUUUCCAGCUGUACCUCGCACCUUAUAACUGUAGUAUUAUUCUAUGGGCCAAUUAUAUUCCUGUACAUGAAACCAGAGAGUGCUAGUUCUAGAGCAAGUGACAAAUUGCUCUCCGUACUGUAUGUAGCAGUGGUGCCAAUGGUAAAUCCUUUGGUCUAUAGUUUGAGGAACAAAGAUGUCUUGGUUGCAAUUUCCAAAGUAAAACAAUAUUUUAAGAAAGUGUAGGUGCAAACAAAGAAUGCUCCCAUGGAAUAAAACUACUGCAGGAGUUCUAUAUUUCCAAUGGAUCUUUGCUGUGCAAACAAACGUCUGUCUUUGUCAAUGGUCACCGCUUUUGUUGAGAUCUCCAAGACUUCCAUGUUCCUCCAUUACUUGAAACUGCAUCACAGUGAUCAUGGAUUGCACCAUUUUAGCAGAAAAAAAAACUGCAUCUCUUUCUCUUUUUCCAACUUCCUCUGACUUCCUAAGAUAUUGCUGUUUAAUAUCCUUUAUCAUAUCUUUCAUUAGGGUCCUUGCACAUAGUAUUGAUGUAUGAAUGGCAGAUCUUCUUGGCAAAGAGUUUAUAUGCAAAAAAAUUCAACUAUGGUCCAUAAAGUGUGCAUUCCCAUGUGUAUAAGGCCCCAUA